CGAGGGUGCUUCGAAAAGAGGCAAAGUACAGAACCUCUUGUCGUUUUGGGGACAUGGACACGUUCCAAAUCCAAGUGCUUCUUCGUCUUCUUGCACUUAACGCGGUGCUCCUUCCCUUGGCUCAUGGCAGCAUUCACUUCUACGACUUCGUUCUGAAGGAACAAAAUUUUACGAAGCUGUGCGUGACGAAGAGCGUGUUGACGGUGAACGGCAGCUUCCCAGGGCCGGAGAUAAGAGUUCGUAGAGGAGACACGGUGUUCGUCAACGUUCACAACCACGGUUACUAUGGCGUCACUCUCCAUUGGCAUGGGAUAAAGCAGCCUCGAAAUCCAUGGUCGGAUGGCCCCGAGUACAUUACGCAAUGUCCAAUCGCCCCAGGAACAAAUUUCACUUACGAGGUCCAAUUCACGAAUGAGGAAGGAACCCUAUGGUGGCAUGCUCACAGUGAUUGGACACGUGCCACCGUCCAUGGUGCAAUAGUCAUUUUGCCAAGCGAAGGAACCACUUAUCCAUAUCCGAAGCCCGAUGAUGAGGAAGUCCUCGUGUUUGCUUGCUGGUACAAGGAGAGCAUGAGGGAAUUGCUGGAGCUAGCACUCGAAACUGGCUCGGACACGCCUCGAUCCGAUGCCUAUACCAUCAACGGCGAACCGGGAGAUAUGUGCCCGUGUUCCAUCGAAACGACAUAUCGCAUGCUCGUCGAUUAUGGGAAGACAUAUCUGCUGCGUAUGGUUAAUGCAGUUCUCAAUGCGGACCUCUUUGUCUCAAUUGCCGGUCACAAUCUUACGGUGGUCGGCAUGGACGGGGCCUACCUCAAACCGAUAGACACUGCCUAUGUCAUGAUAACGCCCGGACAAACGAUGGACGUUCUGAUCACCGCGAACCAGCCCCUCAGCUACUACUACAUGGCCGCGCGGCAGUACUCUAGCGACGGGCUCGACGUCACCAAUUACGAUCACAGCAACGCGACGGCGAUUUUGCAGUACCGAGGCAAUUACAGCGCUCCUGAAAGGAUCCCGUUCCCAUCGACCCUCCCGUCCUACAAGGACAACGUCGCGGCCGUGGCAUUCACGGACCGCCUCAGGAGCCUGGCGACCGAGGAACACCCCGUGAACGUGCCACAGAACGUGACGACGCGCAUGUUCGUGCUAGCAUCCAUGGGCGUGUUGAUUUGCCCAAAUAGCUCAUGCGGAGGAAUCUACGGAGAUAGAUUGGCUUCAAGCCUGAACAAUUUCAGUUGGGCCCACCCGUCGAUUGAUAUACUACAAGCUUAUUAUAGGAACAUUAGUGAUAUUUACAGCACGAAUUUCCCGGACUUCCCUGGGAUUCUAUACAAUUUCACGGGGGACGAUUUGCCGCUGAAUAUUUCAGUGCCGACGAAAGGAACGGUCGUGAAGGUGUUCGAUUUCAAUGAGACGAUUGAGAUAGUGUUCCAAGGGACGAACAUCAUUGACGCAGCAGAGGCUCAUCCUAUGCACCUUCACGGCUACGCUUUUUAUGUUGUAGGUACCGGCAUUGGGGACUUCGACGUCGAUACCGACCCUCAAGGAUACAACUUAGUCGACCCUCCAUAUGUAAAUACAGUCGCCGUGCCGAAGAGCGGAUGGGCUGCUAUCAGAUUUGUAGCAGACAAUCCAGGUGUAUGGUAUAUGCACUGUCAUUUGGACCGGCACAUGACGUGGGGCAUGGACACGGUGUUCAUAGUAAAGGACGGAGGCACGACCGCAACGAGUCUCCGCCCUCCUCCGGCUUAUAUGCCGCCGUGCGAGAACUCGACCAGUUCAUCUCAAUUAUUUAAUAUCUUAGACAAAGAGGCACGCUUGGUGAUGAUGAGAUGAAGGAGAUUUCAUCCGAUUCUGUGACUAAAUCGAUUUUCUUUUCCUCAAUAAAGGUCACAAAAGUUACGUGACCAAUCUUGAAUUGCUAAUUAGA